AUGAAAAUAGAGAGAAAAGAGAUUUUAGAUGAAGUAAAGAAACAAUUAUGGUUGGCAGGGCCAAUGAUACUUGUUUGUGUAUUUCAGAAUUUACAAAUGACCACUCUCAUAUUUGUUGGACAUUUGAAUCAAGAGUUGCUUCUUGCUGGUGCUUCUUUGGCUCUUUCAAUUAUCAAUGUCACUGGUUUCAAUGUAUUGAUGGGUAUGUCAAGUGCACUAGACACAUUUUGUGGUCAAGCAUAUGGAGCAAAACAAUAUCAUAUGGUUGGAAUAUAUACACAAGCUCAACUAUUUGCUCGUUAUGCAAUCCCAAGCCUUUUUGCCAAUGGCAUUCUUAGGAGCUGCUAUUGCAAUUUGUAUCACAAAUUGGGUUAA